AUGGAUAACGAACCAAAAAUCAUCAAGAAGAUCUAUGUUUAUCCAGCAACAUCAAUUCAACAAAUGAAACAGGCUCAAGAAUACCAACAGAUUAAUCGAUAAUUAUAUUAGGAUCAACACAUCCAGAAGUUAAUGGACAUGUGCUUAUCCAAUUAAAUGUCGUCAAUUCUGAACCGCUUGGAUUUCGAAGAUCUCCAACAGCCCCUGAAAGAAGUCUAGUACUUCUUAAAGGAUUUAAAGGGUAAAUUCAUCUAGUAGCCUAAAAACAAAAUCAAAGAGCCUCUGAUUUCUAAGAUCCCCAAUAAAAAAACCAACCAUCUAUAAAAAACCUAACUCUUGGCUUCCAUCAAAUAGAAACUAAUGUAAAUGGUUUAAGAGAGUAAAUUAUUUCCUUCAUUAAUAAACUUUAUCAAAAUAGAAUAUGAUUAAUAAAAUUAUCAAUUCAAUGUUUGUAAAUUGGGACUGUUAAAUGAUGCAGCUGAAAUCAUGCUUCAAUGCGGUCCGUUUGGAAUAUUGAAUGCUCAAAUAAAAGGUCCAACUAACUUAACUAUUACAGAUCUCAUUUUGGAACUAUUUAGAUAGUUAAAUCACUACAAUGUCGUUGAGGAUAAGGAGAUAGCUGAAGAAGUGUGGUUUUCAUUUAAUAGAGCAAAAAAUAAGACUCACCUCUCUGAAAUCCUAAGUCAUGAAAUAGCAUAGAAUUUGUCAUAUAAGGAUAUGGAAAUAUAAAGAGAAAUUCUAAUCUUAUAAGGGACCAUCUAAAAAUUAAAUUAUAAUGCAUAGUUUAUUAAUAAUCAAAGAGAAAAAAUAAUAAAAGUGUUAAGAAAAAGAGUUUAAGUUUAAUUAUAUCACGAAUGUUAAGUACGAAAAAUAGCCUAGCCUGAGAUAUUACCCAAUCUCACCUUAUCCAUUAAACAAUAUAGAUCAACUCAUGGAGUAUUUUGUGGUUGUGCUCUCUAGUUUCCCAUCGUAAUGAUCAAGAAAUUCAGUAUUACUCCAGGAUUGGAAGAUGUAUGCAAAAACCUUUGUUUAAGCAUUCUCCAGAAUUUAGACACAAUAAACUUUUGCUUAGCUAUUACUUACGAAAAAUACUUGUCUUCUAGAUUGUAUAAAGAGCAUAACACAUUUUAAGUAAGAACAAUUAUUUAAAAUGCCUUAGAAGACAUCAUUCAGAAGAUGGAAACUGAUGUCAAUCUUUGCAAAUUCUUAAGACUAGCAAUACUGGAUCAGCAAUUUAUUAAGUUCUACAAUUUGUUGCAUAGAUACAAUACAAUAAAUUAAAAUGACACCAGUAUUCCAAAUGAUAAAAGAGACUAAACUAAUUAAUUAAUUUUGAAUGCAGUCCAUAGCAUUUUAGAAAAAGUAAAAAAUCUACAAUUGGAGAAUAAUAUAAUAGAAUAGAAAUAUGAAAUAGCACUUCCACCUGAGAAGAUAAUAAAAGUCAACAUGAAAAAACACAAAACCAAUUAAUCAGAUAAAUUACUUUUUUAUAUUAAAUUGAUAGCUAAUGAUCUUAACAAGUUGAAAAUACCUCUAUUUGAGAUUAUUUAUUACAUUACAGCUAUGAAUAAUAGAAUUUAGUUUAGAAUUGAUUUACAACCCAAAAGUACAAUUAGAUUUUUCACAUAUCCACACAUUAUUUAUUAUAUUGAGGAGCUUUACGGCGUAAAAACAAUAGUGGAGUGGGAAUCUGACAUGUCUUGUGAAAUUGAUUACUUUAGUUUGGCCAAUUUAGAUUUGUCGAUAGAUUUGGAUGAGGAAUACAUCAUUGAGUAGUAACUCAUAAUAAUGGAAAGAUGCCUGAAAAGAGAUAGGGCUAGAUACUCUUGGGCACUCGAAUAUCUAGGGUUGAAAUGUCACGAAUUAUUGUUGGAGACCAAACAACUGUAGAAAUGUAAGAUUAGAAAAUGUUUGGAGAAUUUGUAUUUGGAAGUGAAAAGAUAAAAAUGA